CAUAUUCAGUAUCGCUUCGGCCCACCACCGCAAUCCCCUUCUUCCCAGAACUGUGAGGACUAGGGCGACAUGGCGGCCAGCCUCCGCCGCCCCCACUCGCCGGCAACCGGGCCGCUGGACGACGAUGACCUCCUCCGCGAGGUACUGCUCCGCCUUCCCCCGCAGCCGUCGUCCCUCUCCCGUGCCUCCGCCGUCUGCAAGCGCUGGCGCCGCCUCGUCUCUGACGCCGGCUUCUGCCGCCGCUUCCGCAUCCACCACCGCCGCAACCCUCCUCUCCUAGGUUUCUUUGAUAGGCAUCAACGUCUGCCCUUCCUACCAACUUUGGAGGCCCCCAAUCGUGUCCCUCCCGGACGCUUCUCCCUGCAGCGCGACGAUGGCGACCGCUUCCUUUCUCUCGGAUGCCGCCAUGGUCUCUUGCUUACCCUCCUUAUCAAGCGUCUGCAGGUCCUGGUCUGGGACCCCGUCACCGGCGACCAGCACCGCGUUGCCAUUCCCCCGUGGAUUGCGUCACAUGCGGAUAAGAGAUUGAUCAACGGGGCGGUGUUUCGCGCUGCCGGGGACGUCCACUUCCAGGUCGUCCUGGUAAUGGCAGACGGAGAUCACAACAACUGUAGACGGGCGUUUGCUUGCGGUUACUCAUCAGAGACUGCCUUAUGGGGGGACCUCAUCUCAACACCGAUUACAUCCGAGGAACUUUUUCCGGAGGCCGCCGUGAUGGUUGGGAAUUCCCUUUACUGGCUGCUUGAUGUUGGAAUUCUCGAGCUCGAUUUGGAAAGGCAAAGCCUGGCUGUGAUACAAGGGCCAGUACUUGAUAUCUCUGUACACGACGACUUCACAAUUACACGGGCAGAGGGUGGUGGGCUUGGUUUCCUCCUUUUGUUGGACUUCACCGACCAAUUAUGGAAUUGCAAGACCGAUUGUAACGGCGUUGCAGCAGGGGUGCUAGCAAGAACUAUUGAACUGGACAAGCUACUUUCCUUAAAUCCAGAUGAGAAGAGAGGGCCUCCAAGGAUAGUUGGAUUUGCUGAGUGCAAUAAUGUGGUGUUCAUGCGCACAGUUAGCGGCAUCUUCAUGAUCCAGCUUGACUCUUUGUUGCAGUUCAAGAAAUUUCCCGAAACCAACAUUAUGUUUUGCCAUCCAUUUGAAAUUGUCUAUGCUUCAGGAAAGGGGUAUCCAAGUUUUACAGUUGCGAGUCAGGAUCUGCAAUGCUUCCAGAAGUCGUGACCAUCCCCUAGGAGUGCAAAGGUCUUCUUCUGUUCAGCCUCAAGUGGGUCAAAGCACAGAACAAAUAAGUACACCCUUAAGGUGGUCACAACUUUAUCUUUGGCGGCAGCAAGUAGCUCAGGGAGAUGAUGAAUUUCAGAAGUUGUGAAACAGCUAUCCCCGAGUAAUUUAGCUGGGAACUCUAUUGAUGUUGGACGCAUACAAUUGAACCUUGAGAAACUAGUGCCAUCCCUGAGUAAUUUCGCACUCAGCUAUUUUAAUCUGAUUACUGCUCCUUGCAACGGUACAACCCAAGCUUAACUGGAAGAAAUGCAAUUAGGGCGCCAAAAGGCUGGUAAAUGUAUGUUGUUUGAUAUUCUUUCUCCUAAAACCUUUUUUUAUUUCAGAAA